CCGCUCGGCGCCGCGUUCCGUUGCGUCCGCCACCUCCACACGCUUAUCCCCACCCCUUUAUCUCUCUCUAGCCCCUCUCUCUCUCUCUCCCCUCCCCUGCAGACCCUCUCUCUCUCCACUCCUCACGAGCUCGCAUCACCACUAGACACCAAGACAGCUCAGGCUUUCUCUCUCCCCAACGCGCUUUCCCCUCCUCCGUCUUCUCCCCCUCGCCGCCGCCGCCGUUUCUUGCAUUCCGUCGAGCACCUGCGCGAAGCUCAGGCGAUGGCGAAGCUCGCGCUGGCGCUCAUCCUGCUCCUGGCCGUGGCGGCCUCGGCGUCGGCGUCGGCGUCCAUCGACAUGGACCUGGGCUUCCUCUCCGCCGGCGCCGGCCGGAGGGAGUGCCGCGGUACGGUGGCCGAGUGCCUGGCCGAGGAGGAGGAGGAGGAGCUGGGCUCCGCGUCGGCGGAGUCGCACCGCCGCAUCCUCAGGGGCCGCGGCUACAUCAGCUACGGCGCGCUCCGCCGGGACAACGUGCCCUGCUCCCGCCGCGGCGCCAGCUACUACAACUGCCGCCCCGGCGCCCAGGCCAACCCCUACCACCGCGGGUGCUCCCGCAUCACCCGCUGCCGCGGCUGAGCUCCUCCUCCAUGGCCGCCCCCUCCCUCCUCCGGUGCCCUCCGCCGCCGGAUCCGCCGGUGGGAGCGGGGAAAUGCCGGAUCUUUCGCCGCUCCUCCGCCGUCUCCCGAGUCCAAAAAAAAAAUAAGUUCUUUUCUUUUGCUGCUGCUACUGUUUACAAGUACUACUAGAGCUAUGGAUUUGUUCAUUGCCGCUGUAUGGAUUUGUGUUUGUUCCUGCUGUUGUAAAGUAAGAGAUCGAUUGAUUCGAGCCCCUAUGGCUGCUUAAUAUGAACAUAAAUACUCUUAUUCUUUUGAUUGAUGGCUUGCUUGGUUGAUCUCUGCCUUCUGCUGGAUGGAUUGUUAAAAUAAAGUCCAGAGCUUGCUUUA